AUGUCGCGGUCCGUACCCUAUCUGACAGCGGUCGCUACCGGCGUCAUCGGCGCAGCUUGGACCUCUGGCGCCAUCGCCGGCCUCUCCAUCAUCGGCUGCCCGGCAGCCCUCGACUUCCCGCACCACCUCUCGGCUGGCGUCUGGCGAGGCUUGUAUGAGCACGGCCUUGCUGCCAUGCCCAAGUUUGCCGCCACCACGGCGGCCGUGUACCUGUACGCCGCCUUCGAGGGCCGGCGGCGCACCACCACCAGCAGCGGCGCGGCAAGGGGAAUGCCUUUCUCGGCUUCGUCGCCGCCGCGGCCGCUCACCGUGUCGAUCGUCCCUUUUACCGUUGCCUUCAUGAGCGAGACGAACCGGGAGCUCCUCCUUGCUGCUGGGGAUCCGAGCCCCGCAGCAGGCGACGGAGAGGAUCGUUGA